UAGACAAGAGCUGAGUGAUUCAGAGAUGGGGCUGGGUCUACAGCAAGUUGGCACCUCCACCACAUCUUCCAGCGCCCCUGGCUCGCCCUGGUCCUUCAGGAGCCCUGGCCCCCGCGCCCUGGAGGGCUGCGCUUGCCUAGCUCUCGGCCCCGCCGGCCGCCUGUGGGCGCAGCUGCAGCGGCUCUGCGCCAAUCACUUCUCGCGGCGCUUCUCGCCGCGCAGGCCACCGCUGCGUCGCUUCUCCUCCAUGUCCACGUUCUACCUGCUGGACCUGCGCACGCGCCAGGCCGAGCUGGGCUUGGACUACGGCGAGCCGCGCAUGCGCCUCGGCGACGCGGCCUUGGUGUUCCGCGGCGGCCGCUGGGCAGCGGAGGGCCAGCAGGCGGAGGUCCGGCCGUUCCCGCCGACCAGCCCGCCCCGGAGGCCGCGGGGGCCACGGGCCCAGAGCCAGGCACUUCAGGAGGAGAACAACUACCUGAAGCUGCAGCAGGAACUGCUCAUGGACAUGCUGGUCGAGACCACAGCGCGCGCGCACCUGCUGGAGAAGCAGCUGGAGCCCGCGGGCGCCGCGGCGCGCGCCUGGCGGAAGAAGAUCGUCCGUUUGGGAAACCGAAGCUGUAUUGGGAGACUGGAGAUUCCUAAACCACUACUUCAGAUUCCGGGAACACAGCUGACAGCCGGAGAUAAUUUACCAACAGCCAAGGACUCCUUUCCCGAGCCCCUCACUCUUCCUUCCGCAUCAACCCUGCCCAGCAUUCCAUUCAGGCCCUCCCUUCGCCACUAAAGCAGCCAAUCGGGAUAGAAUGUGAACCUUCAACCCAGCCAAUGGGGAAAAAGGUCAACUGUUUCUCGAGCCUUAGAAGUAAAAGCCCGCUGCAGUCUCCCUGCCGGCCUGCUUCCUCAUGCUAAGAGCAUGCUCCAACCCUUCUGCAGAAGUAAAACCUUGUUUUGUUGCGAUUUCUUGGUGUCUGAGUGCUUUAUCAUCUCCUCCGACAUAUUGAGCCUGGGACGUAUUUCUAAUAGGAGGCUCAAAAGUUUGAGCCUAGGAAUUUAGCCUCUUAGCAAGGCCCUGUUGCAAGGCUGU